AUGUGCGUCUUCACGGCGUUCAUACGGAGCUCCCACUACGUUGUUGGAGAUCUCACCGCGCUGCUACGGCGAUCAUACCACGUUUCUACCGCGUUCUUAUCAGACGGCGAUCACACGGCGCGUUUAUCAGCAGAGCCGGGCCCCCGGAUUGAUCGGCGAGGUUUGGUAUCCAAACAUGGCGAACCAAACAUUCCACCAGUGUGUACAGUACUGAGUAAUUCUCACGAGUGUUAUAAAGUAGACGGAAACAAAGAUGGAUUUCUUCCAGGAACCUACGUUGGAAGUGUACAUCUACGAAGUGAAAAAAUUGGAAGCAUAUGGUUUUCAAACGGCACGGGAAGUAAAUGUGUUUGCAGUUUUUCUAACAAUACUUUAAUUCAAAACGUAACCUACUACGGGAUGCAUAUACCUGAUAUUCAGAGUUUAUUUGAUACCGGAUGUAAUAUAGUAAAAAAUGGGACAUUGGAGAAAAUUGGAUAUAAUUGUUCACUCAAUAUAACAGAUCAAAAACAUACACAAGAUGCCAACUGUUCAAACAUUGCUGUCAGCUCGUCUCCACCGCCUACUACUGUUAUAAGUCUUACAACACGAUUAAAAACAAGACCCCAAUCAACUGUUACGUCUUUCACGCCAUUAGCUAUUGUUACAGAAGCCAUGACGUCAUCUAGUCCUGUUUCUCCGGUCCGGUACUCAGGCUCUACUGGACACUCUACAGAGUCUGUACACGGUACUGGGAUAGGGACUGCAACUCGUAUACCAGGAUCCAAGUCGCACGUGUCGUCACUCUCUCUAAUAACUAAGGAAUCUCAUAGUCUUACAGUUGUUACAACUGAUCCAACUCAACACAGCAGUCCCUAUGGUUUAACAUCUCGAGAAGUGUCGUCUUCGCUAGAGAAUGUCAAUCCCUCAACAAGUCUGAAUACUGGUCAGCAUUUAGAGACCACGACUGUCAAGAAAACAGAGACAAACUCGGCCCUUACAUUGGAAAUAAUCAUUCCCCUUGUUGUGGCAGUUAUCCUGCUCGCCUUCAUUAUACUCAUCUUAGUAUGCAUAAGAAAACAGCGGGAAAAGAAGCGGAUAUUUAAGUAUGAGGUAUCCCCUACACCAAGUCUACGUCUACAGGAACCCUCUAAUUCUGAUAAAGAGGAGAUUCUAAAAUAUAACAAUGAGUUUCAUGAGUACGGAACAAAACACAACAUCUUGUAUGAAGGUGACGAUUAUUGUGAGCAUGGUAUUUUUAAUAAGGCCUUUAUUGAGACCCAUCCAGGCGCCAGCAAGAAAAAGGAGGACAGAGUGUAUGCGCCCACAAUGGAAGGCCAUCCAGAAGAACUAGUUCUCGAAGAAGAGCCGGGCACCAGUACACAAUAUGUCCUUAGCAAUGACAAAGAGAACAUAAUUCCUAUUGAGUAA